GUGUGAAGCAGCCGCCGUUCGGUCGUGUCCGGCAGCGCACUGCUCGGGUCCCCAGCUGACGUGGCCGACCAGUGUGCUGGUGUCUCCUGUGGCAGCUCAUAGUUUUUAUCAUACGCCGGUCGCUUCACCCGCUCGAACAGCGGACAUCGCGGUCCCGUCGUCGUCCCGAGCCAGGGCAGAGGAGAUGUCGACCGUCAGCAGUACCGCGAGCAGCGGUAAGGACCACCGCGGGCGCGGCAGCAGCGGCAGCAGCUCCAUAGCACCGCCGGCGGUCCCAGCCGGCGGCAUCAGCACCUUACUGGCGUCCGUCUUCAUCACCGGCACCCUGGCCGGCAGCGGCAUGCUGGCACUGGCCAACUCGGUCCGGCUCACAGGCUACAUCGGCCUGGCCCUGCUCGUCUACUUCGGCGUCAACUCCGCCUACUGUGGCGUGGUGCUGUCGCGCUGCUGGCUGAUCGUGGAGGAGCGCUACCCAGAGCUGCGUGGCCAGGUGCGCGCUCCCUACCCGGAGAUCGCCUACAGGGCGUACGGCCGCAGGGUCAGACUGCUGGCAUCAGUGGGCAUCUUCCUGAACCAGUUCGGCGGCAGCAUCGUGUACGUGCUGCUGUCGGCCGAGCUACUGCAGGAUCUGGCCGGCUCCACCAUGAUCAACUGUUACUGGAUCCUCGUGGUAGCCGGUGUACUCUGUCCCUGCUCCUUCCUCGGAUCGCCUAAGGACUUCUGGUUUAUCGGCGUCACCGCCCUGGCAUCCACAGUGCUCGCCUGGCUAUGCAUCCUCAUUCACUUAAGCAUGCAUUAUUCGGUGACUGUGGUCAACGCCACACAUGAGUCUCCGACUUUCGGCACGCUCUUCCUCGGUAUGGCCAGCAUCUUGUUCGCCUUCGGGGGUGCCUCUUCCUUCCCGACCAUCCAGAACGACAUGGCCGACCGCAGCGCGUUCAGCAAGAGCGUCUUCUACGGCUUUGCAGCGCUGUUAAUGAUGUACUUCCCGAUGACACUGCUGGGCUACCUGGCGCUGGGCGAUCAGCUGGACGCGGACCUCAUCAACUCGCUGACGCCGGACGGCUUCUUGAAGACCGCCGCCCAGGUGCUGUUCAUGUUGAACCUGUCGGCGUCGCUGCUCAGCGUCAUCAGUCCCGUCUACCAGGAGCUGGAGCAACGCAUUGGCAUCCCGCCAGAGUUUGGCGUGCGCCGCGUGCUGUUCCGCACGGCUAUGAUGGCGGUGAACGUGCUGAUCGGCGAGACGGUGCCCAGCUUCUCCAAGGUGCUGAACCUGAUCGGCGCCAGCGCACUCACGCUCAUGACGUUCGUCAUGCCGCCCAUUCUCUACCUGCGCCUCGCCUCGAACACCGACGGCGGCAAGUGGAAGCGUAUCGAGGUGCCCGUUUGGGAGAAGAUACUGCUGGUGGAAAUCGUGUUGGUCGCCACUGGCUGCGGGAUCAUCUCAACUUACUCAGCCAUCGCCGACAUCCUGGAUCCGGACUCCAUCGCCAGCUCCUGCCUGAUCCAUAUCAACUGAGCUAUAGCCAUACAGCACGCCUGAUUCACCGAACUCCGCCUGACUGAUCAGCACCGAAUUGUCCUCACCUCCUGCCCUGAGCCACAUCAAAUGAGUUGUAAGGGUUUUUGACUACGGGACAUCAACAGAGGUACUGCUCCUGGACCGCAUUCACAUGCACUGAGGUCCAUCUCUCGCCUUGUUUUGCUGUAGUUGAGCUAAGGCUGCCGUGCAUGCUCCAUAUUAACUGAGAUAAAACUCCAACCCGAUUCAUAUCAACUGAGAUCCGGUUUCUGCUUGAUCCACAUCAACUGAGAACUGAGGGCCAUUCUUGAAAGACAUGGCGUCAACUGGGUCUUAGGUUGUGACCGAUUUGCAUCCACUGUGCUCUAGCUUCUGAUGUGCAACUGCUGCCCGCUUGGCUACAUGCCUCGUUACAUGCAACAACACGAGCAUGUCGCGGGUCAACACAUUUAUACACUAGUAUGAUGUUUUUUUUUUAAUAAAUGCGACUGUCGGAUU